AUGAGUCCUAUACUACUAUCAGAUAACUCGGACUCGGACUCGGGUGCGAGGCACCUAUCUAUCUUCAAGUUCAACGAGAUUGAGGCUCGAGUACCUCAGGAGACCACUGAUAUCGCCCCAACUCCAUCCUCAUCUCCAUCUCCGAGCCCUUCACAACCAACCGACGAGGACUCAGACAGUGGAGGUGGACUGGCGAAGGCGGUGCUCGAAUACUUAUUUUUGGGUGUAGCGCUCGCCAUAAUUCUGGCAAUCAUCUACAGGAGAUUGAGAAACCUGAAACGAGCAAACCGGCCUGCCUCCUCGUUCUUCAACUUCGAUACAGGCAACAGGUCGACGACUUCUCGUGGUUCCCGUACUUUUCCUCGAACAACGGGGAUACCUGCCGUCAAUCUCGGGCCCUCAUAUCCAUAUCCGGAUCCCCUUCUAGCAGGCAUUCCGACCGCAUACACGGGAUAUACCUCCCGCAGAACACGCGCCGCCGAUAUCGACGCCAGCGGUCGCAGAGGAGCCGAUCGCCAUGCUGAGCUCGACCAUGAUGGAGAGUUAGGCGAUAAGGACGUCCUCCCAGCCUACGAGCAUUUCGGCGGACCACCGAAGUAUAACGAAGUGGAAAUGCAGGCUCGGUUAUUCUCUGUGGGAAGCGGGAUACAUUCGCCUGACGAAGGCCCUGAGAACCCGGUAGCUGGCGAUGCUGGUAUUCCAACAAGGAGAGAAAAUGGACCACGACCUGAAACCGAGGAAGACACGGUUGUGCAAUUACCCGCACAACCUCCAGAGUUGGAUCCCCCACCAGGAUUCGUGCCGACCGACGCGACAAACAACUUGAGCACAAUGGCAAGGCGCUCCUAG